CGUUGCCAUUUUAGAUUUUCACCUUCAGUAAUCAAAUAAUUUGACCUAUUUUGUUCAAAAAACUGUUGUAUAAAUUUUCCGCGACGUUGUACUACAUCCUGCCGUUCGUGAUCCUUGAAGUAUGGACGCUGCGAGUUAGCCUUGAAACGAGCGCCCCAUCUUCGAAGAUCCAAAUGACAAGAUUUUUCUCAGCGAACAAAUGGAUCAUUUUGAUCUUUUGUUGUGUCUAUUAGUAUAUAAAAUUGUUCCUCUAUGAAUUUAGCUAAUUCAUGAUCAUUACAAUUAGUUGCAUUAGCACCACAUCGCUGAACUGAAUAAGACUGCUAAUGAUUUAAUAUCAGAGAAUAUAUCAUAAAAACUUGAUACAUGUUUUGACACAUAUUUCACAUUAUCAUGUAUAUUUCUGAUUUUUUAGAUGAAUAUUCGUUUAUUAAGAGAAUCUCUCUCUAAAUUUCUUUGUUCACAAUUGUGAGUUAGAAAGGAUCUUGAUGAUAUACAGUUAUACAUUUUUAUUUUUUUUCAAGAACGAAUAAAUGAAUUAUUAUCCAGAAAUUUGACGGUAGUUUGAAAAUCUCUCGCGCAAUAACGAUACACAUUAACCAAUUAAUUUAAAUGUUCGUUUUUUUUUAAUGCAGUACGAGUACUAUUAAAAUAAUAGAAUGUUUAUUAUUCUAGAAGAUCCAACGACAAUAACACAAUCACAAUCUCUUUCAAAAUCACAUGGUAACAAAUCAGGAUCAAUCAGUCGAUAUUUUCUCGGUCAACGAGGCAGUCGUUAUAGCGUGGAUACAACAACAUUAAACGCUAUAUGAGUCAAAGAGGAAUUGACGUUGAACAACGGAUAUGAGUUAAGAGCCUCCCUCAGAAAUCAAUACUUUUAAUAAAAAAUCCGAAAUUGAUUGUCUUACUUCGUUGGAUACACUGAAGUCUCCUCUUUCAGAAGCUGUAUCGGACAUUCGUCUCAAAAGUGCCCGUUGCGACUUCUGAAUUAGACUUCUUGAACCGAGAAAAAAUGGAAAUUACUGGCCCGCAUUACAGGACUGAUGAAAUUUAGAAUCUGGAUGGUACUCUCUCAUCAUCAGCGCUAUCUGUGACAACAUUGACAUGUUAUGGUAUACAAAAAACGUUGAUUAUUGGCUGACCAAUAAUUAAUUAUGUAGUCGAAUUUGAAACAAAAGAAAUGAAAGAUCUAUGGUUUCAAAGACUUAAUUCAUUGCUGCAGUCUUCGAUUGAGCGUUGUCGUAUUGUUGUUGAUUAUAAUUAUGUAGACGAUCAAAAUGGUACUUUGAAAUCAUGUUUAAUUCGAAAAAUUAUCGGUAUAUCACCUAAUGAAACUACUCGUAAUGUCAUUAAUAUCGAUGUCUUUCAUUUAAAAGAUUUAGUUAUUGAUAAUUAUGUUUUAUUAGCAAACUGUAUCGGUACUACAAUUGGCACCAUCUAUUCUUUAACAUCUAAUUAUAUACCAUUAAUUGAUGAACAACAUAGUAAAAACUUAAAACAACAAUUGAAUCGAAAUACGGCAACAUAUGAUUUUACAACAACAACGUUAAGACCAAAAACAAUAACGGUGACCUCGUAUUAA